UCUGCCUGCAACAACUGUCACGAAAAAUCGUCCAUCGCAAGUAAAGAAUUUGCGUAAAUUUGCUAACAAGAUUGUUACUGUAGCAUCAAGAAAUAAGGCGAUUAUAGUUAUUUGUUAUAUUAUUAAACGUAAUCUACAAGUAGUCAAUAAGAAGUUAAAUAUGUUAAGAUCACAAUGAAGUGUUAAUCGGUUGCUCAAUAUUAUAGUUGUGUAGGGUCCGCAGUAGUGAUGAGUGAACGAUACCCUGGGUACCUGUUCGGUGGGACGCCAGUGAGUAGUUGGGACAGGAGUUUCAACUCUUUGGAGAAUCUCCGUGUCCACGACUCGUACGGGGUCACCUUGCCACGCAGUCGAUACAGGCCCAAGGGUCUGACCGUUGGCUUCAGUCAAGAUUAUGAGAACAACCAAAUCCAGCAACAGUACAGAGGUCGGUACGGCGGACCGCCGCGGUGCUGGGGCAGCAUGUCUGAAGGAGGAGGAGUGUCGGCCGCGGGGGACUCCUGCAGAACAAACCUCAUAGUCAACUAUCUGCCCCAAACCAUGACAGAGAAGGACCUGUACGCCAUGUUCAUGACCAUAGGCCCCAUUGAGAGCUGCCGAGUCAUGAAGGACUUUAAGACGGGGUACAGUUAUGGCUUCGGGUUUGUGAACUUCACACGCGAGGAGGACGCGGCGAGAGCUAUCGACACUUUCAAUGGAUACCAACUCAGAAAUAAGCGGUUAAAGGUAUCAUACGCGCGGCCAUCAGGAGACGACAUAAAAGAGACGAACUUGUACGUAACGAACUUACCCCGCGCCAUCACCGAAGACCAGCUAGAGACGAUAUUCGGAAAGUACGGCCGAAUCGUGCAGAAACACAUCCUCAGGGACAAAAGUAAUGGGUCGCCGCGUGGUGUGGCGUUUGUUAGGUACGACAAACGGGAGGAGGCACAAGAGGCGAUAGCAGCUUUAAAUAACGUGAUACCAGAGGGCGGCACCGAGCCGCUCAGCGUCAAGGUGGCGGAAGAACAUGGGAAGCAGAAAGCGGCAUACUACGCGGGUUGGGCGGCGGGAUUCCACCACAACCGAGGCGACUAUACCUGGAACUGCGGCACCUGCAUGAUACCAGAACCCUGGGAGGACUUCUCCGGCCCGCCUUUAGGCGGCAGUCACCCCAACACCCCUCGCAACGGCUGCCGGCCCGGCGCCUGCGCCAACCGGGUACCCUACCCUAACUACCUCCCCGGCAAAGGCCCGAGGCCUAACCGGGGCCGAAACUUACCCUGGGCCCCGAACUUUGGAGAAGAAAGAUUCAGAGGCCAACGCUGUAGGAACGGCCCCACUCCAUACUGGUAGAACUGUACAAAAAUACAAUGGAUUUGAUUUGAAAUUGUAUAUUUUUUGGAGGUUGCUUUUGAUCUCAAUGGUGUACAUAUUUUUAAUUGAGAGAUUCUGGCAUGGAAUUGUCAGCGAACAUUGUUAUCUUUAUAAAAAAGAUAUCGAGUGAAGGAGUUUAAAUAUUAUAUGGAACUUUAAAAAAAAAUGCAAAUGUGCACUGCAUAAGGCGUUAAAUGUUGUAUCUCUGGUAGAAGCAAUUAAAAUGCUGAUAAAGAUGGCAAUUAUUACUAUACUUUAAGAAGUAUUCGCUAUCUGUUUAAUUAAUUUGAGAAUUUUUGUAAAAUAUUGCGUGAUAGGAUGCAUUUUUUCGUUUUUUCAAAUUGAUGAGUUU